AUGGCUUGUAUCACUUGUGAUUUUCUCUCUACCACUGUUGAACAGGAAAGGGUGUUCAUGUGGAUUUGCGUUGAGAUCAAACAUAGUUCAUGGACUGCCAACAUGGAAAGAAUCAUGAAGGCUCAGGCCUUGAGGGAUAACAGCAUGGCUGGGUACAUGUCGAGCAAGAAGACCAUGGAGAUCAACCCAGAGAACCCCAUUAUGGAGGAGCUGAGAAAGAGGGCUGAUGCAGACAAGAAUGACAAGUCAGUGAAGGACCUUGUUCUCCUUCUGUUCGAGACUGCUCUCCUCACCUCUGGGUUCAGCCUUGAUGACCCCAACACCUUCGGCAACAGGAUCCACAGAAUGUUGAAGCUUGGAUUGAUUAUGGUGUGGAUGAGAGAGCUUCAUCAGAGAACUCAGUUGGUAUUGUUCAAGCGAAUUCGUGCUGAUAACGUGUUAUAA